UUGCGGCUCGGUGAAUGCCUCCGACGACGUUUCUGGCUCACCUGGGGUUGUCGCGGAAGCUGCGAGCACACGGCAAGGACCCGCUCAGCCGCUCAGCUAUGGCCAACUACCGCAGCACCUUCAUCGGCACGGAGCCGGAGGAGCCGGGCCCGCUGCCCCGCUCCAGGAGCGCGCCCUGCCUGGGCUACGCAAUGCCGGAAGCAUCCGAUGCGAAGCUCCAGGAGGAGACGCUGGCCGAAUACGUGCAGCAACUGUCUGAUCGGUCGCAGGCGUUGCAGCCACUGGCGAAUCCUCCCGAGCUCAUCGAGCCCGAGGUCCCACAGGACACCCUGCCGGCCACCGGCCACGAGAUGCCCGCGUCCAAGGCGGCGAGCGUCGGCAGCAAGGGGCAUCCUCACUUCUGCUGCGGCCCUUGCAGGCACUUUUUCCGAGGCAGUGGUUGGGCUGGAGGUAUCCUUCAAGGCGAGUGCAGCUGGGGUGGCGCCUGCAGCCGCUGCCACGUGUGCCAAGAGGAGGCCAAGCUGGACAAACGCCAGCGCCAGCUGGUGGCAAGCAUGGAUCGGGGCAUUUGCCUGAAGAUGUUGGCUACAGUGAUGGAAGCCUACGCCACCAAGUACCGCCGGACAGACGUCCUGGGCUUCGUUCACUUCUUGCGCCGCGAUAC